UCUAAACCCUCAUCAGUAUAGAGUAAAACCCUAAUUUCCACUCUUUCUCACUCUGACGCCGCUUUCCUUUCUUAAUGUUGUUGAUUUCUUUCUCCCCAAAUAUUUGAUUGUUUUUGUUGUUUCUUAAAGAGAGUGAGAGAAAGUGUUCGGAUAGAGGAGAAGAAGACGUAGUUGUAAGAGUUCGAUCUCACUUGAGUUUUUUAUUCUUUUAACAGACUAUUCUAUUGCUCCAAAAAGAAGAAACAAUCAUGCAGAACAAUGCAACAGUAAAUGGUAUGGGGAUGGAAGAUGAUGAUCCUGUGGUUUCUGGGUCUGAAUCAGAAUCUGAAGAAGGUGAAGAUGUGAAAUUAAGUGAGCCUUCAAAGACAGCUGUAUACAACAAGGAUGGCUUGCUUGAUAAACUUGGAGAUAUUAGCUGGCCUGAAAAUGUAGAAUUCCAACACAAGCUUUCUGUUGAUAUUGACCAGGAGCAAGAGGUGGAUGUGAAUGAUGACCUCACGCGAGAGCUUGCCUUCUAUACACAGGCACUUGAGGGUGCAAGGCAGGCCUUUACGAAGUUUCAAUCAGUGGGGCUGCCUUUCUUGAGGCCUUCUGACUAUUAUGCUGAAAUGGUAAAAUCUGAUGCACACAUGGAGAAAGUGAAGGGCCGUCUCUUGGCAGAGAAGAGAAAAAUUGAGGAGGCCGAGGAGAGAAGGAAGGCAAGGGAGAACAAAAAGUUAGCUAAGGAGAUACAGGUGCAGAAGCAAAAGGAGAGGGCCAAACAGAAGAAAGAAGAGAUAGAAUCUGUUAAAAACUGGAGGAAGCAGAGGAAGCAGAGUGGGUUUGCUGGGGGUGACAAAGAUGGUGAUUUUAGUUUGGCUUUUGAAGAUGGAAAAGCAUUUGAGAGAUCAAGCAAGAAGAGACCAGGAGUGGCUCCUGGAGAUCGUUCUGGAGGUAAGACAAAACAAGGUGGUGGAAAGGGGGGGAAAGGAUUUGAUAAAAAGAGGAAGGAUAGGGCCUAUAGGGAUUCCAAAUUUGGAUUCGGAGGGAAGAAAGGGUUGAAGAAGCAGAACACCUCAGAGACCACGAAUGAUUUCAGAGCCUUUAAUAAAAGCAAUUUUCCCAAGCAAAAGAAACAAAAAGUAUGAGAUACUUAAAUGUGCUCCCUUUCACCUUUACAGGGAAAGGAUAAUCCAAGGGAUGGAUUACACUGUCCAAGUGCAUUAUGUACUGCCUUAGAAUUUACGAUGAUCUUGAUGGCUUCUUGUGACUAGUUUAGCCUCCUAUUUUGAUCCAAGCACACAUCACCUGUUAUUUAGUUGAGUUCCAUUUAUUAGAAACGCAAUUAUGCUUCUAGCUCUAUUAUCUAUGCCUUGUCAACUAUGGUUUUGUUGUACUUCACUCUCUUGCAGGCUAUUAGCUGUGAAAUUUGAAUUUCAGAACUCAUGUAUUCCUACACUUGCCAUCGACCAAUAAGCCAGUUUAGCUUUCUUUGUUUCAA